AGCGAGUAACGGCAUAUGAGCGCUCGCAGAGAAAUCGCUAAUCACGAACGGCGGACGACAAAAGCCCAAGAAGAACAGAGGCAGAGGAGGAAAAAAAUAGCAGAAAAGAAAAAAAAGCAUAGAAAUCAAGCCAGAUUGCCAAAUAGAUGGGCUGGUUAAAUUAAUGCAAAAAAAAGUGCCAGACCGCUGAAAAGUGUGCUUCGUUUAUUUUUUUGACAAGUUAUUUUCGUGUGAAAAGUGAAAAGACGUGGAAAACUGUAAUCCUUAAAGAAAAGCUGUGGUAAAGCAAUGCAACAACAACAACAGCGAGCAGAGCAGCAGCAGCAACAACAAAAAGUGUAGUGGGUCGCACGCGCGACUUGUGUGUGUGAAUAAUGAAGAAGAAGCAGAAACAACAACAGCAGCAGCAGCAGCAGCAGCAGCAGAGGCAGAGCAAGGCGCCAUCUGAAGCGGAAUCGGAGGCAGGCCGCCCCGGCAGCAACAGCAACAACAACAGCAACAACAGCAAUUCGCCAGCAGCAGCAGCAACACAAAUUGCAACUGCAACUGCAGCGGCAACAGCAGCAACCAAGCGGCGACAGGCGGUAAACAGCAGCAGCAGCAGCAGCGGCGGUAGCAACAACAACCACAACAACAACAGCAACAGCAACAAGCGCUGCAUUCGCAGUCGCAGCAGCAGCAGCAGCUGCAGUAGCAGCAGCAGCAGCAGCAGCAGCAACGCUAGCCUCGGCAGCGACGCCAGCAGCAUGUCCAAAACAAGCAGCGGGAUUCCUAAUGCAGCAGCAACACAAGCAGCAGCAGUAGCAGCAGCAGCAGCAGCCGCCGCAGCAGCAGCAGCAGCCGCAGCAAAUGCAACAAAUGCCGCCAAUGCCACCGAUUUUAGUGCGUUCGAUUUUAACGAUAGUUCCGAUAAUUCUGACACGCCCCUGGUGCCACGCCCACCAUUCCUGAGCCGCGCCGCUGCAGCAGCCGCAGCAGCAGCCGCCCUCAACAUUAGCAACAAUUCGGCGGGCUCGGCGGUAACCCCCAGUCCCAAUGCCUCCGUCGGGACGUUCCGCUCAUCGCCAGCCGUGGGCGAGGAGGAGGACGAGGACGAAGAGGAUGACGACGAGGAGGACGAGGAAGAGGAGGAGGAGCAGCAGCAGCAGCAGCAGCAACAGCAACAGCAACAGCAGCAACAGCAGCAACAACAACAGCACCAACUGGCGGCAGAGCAGCAGCAGCGGGCGGCGGCAGCGGCGGCCGUAGUGGCAGCGGCGGUCAAUGCGCUGCACAAUGGCAACAAGCAGCAGCACUACAACAACAACAACAACAAUAAUAACAGUAACGGCAACAGCAAGUCACGAGAUCGCGACGAUCAUCUGCAGGCACAGCAGCAAUCGCAGCAGCCGCAGGACGAUGAGGAUGAGGACGAGGACUACGACGAUGAUGAGGAGGAGGACGAGGAGGAGCACCAGCAGCAGCAGCAGCAGCAUCAGCAGGGCAAUGGGCAUGAUCUCACGCCCACGGACCUGCGUCAUGUGAUGCCCAGCAGCAGUCACGAUCAUCAGCAGCAGCAGCAGCAGCAUGCACAGCAGCAACAUCAGCAGCAGCAGCAGCAACAGGAGCCCGCUGCCUACGAUGACGAGGGCGAGGACGAGGAUGAGGAUGACGAGGAUGAGGACGAGGUGGCCAGCAGCCACCUGGACAGCCGUGCCACCCUCUCAUCCGCCCACCUGAACAGUACCGCCGCUGCCGAGAGCAGCGGCCUCCAUAUGGCAGCUGCAGCGGCAGCAGCAGCGGCGGCGGCGGCGGCAGCGGCUGCCUCGGCCGCCAAGCUGAGUGCCCAGCUGGAGCAGCAGCAGCAGCAGCAGCAUCAGAAUGCCAAUGCCUUGGACAUGGCCACGCCCAUUGCCCCGCCACCGCCCAGUAGUUUGCUGGGCGGCAACAGCAACGCCAGCUUCUCCACCAACAACAACAGCAACCACGCCCUCAGCUCGACGCAUGGGAGCAUGGGGGCGGGCGGUCAGGGCACAAAUUGCAGCAACGAUCUAUUGGCCACCGGCGGCGGCAACUCUCGAGGCGGUUCGUCCUUGGGCAUGGGCAUGAAUUCUGCCUCACUGCAGCAACAGCAGCAGCAACAUCAGCAGCAGCACCAGCAACAGCAGCAACAUGGCGGCGGUAGCGGGGGCAGCGGCGGCAGCGGGGGAAGCAGCAGCGCGGCCAGCGAGCGGCGGAAGUACCGCCAUCAGAACUACAGCAAGAACAUCUACAUCGGCACCAAGAACGCCGAGAAGUGGGAGCACAUGCGCACCCGGCUGCAGUUCAAGAACGACGUGGAGUUCGUCGCCUACCUGCUCAACCUGGCGGAUAACGACACGGAUAGGCUAAACAACCUGCCCCCGCCCUCACCGGCGAACACGCCCACAAAAGGCUUUGACGGCAACUUCAAGCUGGAGCCGAAUCUCAGUGCCAAGGACUUUGCCGCACCGCCCGAAUCGUCGAUCAAUGGCAACGCAAGCGGAAAUGGCAAUACAAGCGGAAACGGAAAUGGCGAUUCCACCUCGGCCGCCUCCAUUCCAAUGGCCACGCCCACAGCGCCGCAACGCAAGCGUUACAAAAAGCGAGUGCAAUUCACCUCCGAGGCGCUGAAUGGUUUCGCCGGCAAGGGCAAAGGAUCGGGAUCGGGAUCGGGAGCGGGUUCGGGUGGAGCAAGUGCAGCGGGACCUGGUUUCAGCUAUGCCAAGUCCAAGAAGCAGGAGGCCAAGGCGGCAACGGCUGCCCUAAAGGCCGGAGCAGCUGCAGCAGCGGCAGCGGCGGCGGCUGCCUCCUCUGCCCUGCCCGAGGUCCUGGACUGCCGCAUCGCCGAGAAGAUCAAGAGCGAACUGGAGGCCAAUAGCAAGGAGUCCCUGCCCAAUGCCCUGUGCCUCAAGAAGGCAGCGGCGGCGGCAGCGGCAGCGGCGGCAGCAGCAGCAGCGGCCAAUGGCAGCGAGGAGGAGGACGAGGAUGAGGAUCAGCCGCCACAUCCCCAUCUCCUGCCCGUCCUGGCGCCCUCCGAUGCCGUCGAUGGUAUCACCGCCAGCAAUGGCCAGGCGGGCAACUUCCAUGUGCGUUCCAAAUCCCAGGGAUCCAAGAAAUCCCAAGCGGCCAAGGCGGCGGCAGCGGCGGCGGCGGCAGCAGCGGCAGCGGCGGCCAUGAUGCCGCCCAACUCCUAUGACGAGCACGAGGAUGAGCCCGGCGGCGUUGGCGGCAGCGGUGGCAUCGGAGGACCCGAGGACGAUGACGAGGAGGACGAGGAACUGGACGAGGAGGCCCUGGCCCGCGAAAUGAAAAUGGAGCAGAAUUUCGUGGAGGAGGAGGAUGAGCACGACAUCGCCUUCCGGUCGCAGCAAUCCUGCCGCGAAUGCUCCAUUGCCCACGAUCACAAGCUGUGCCCGCUGCGGAAUGCCUGUGGGAAUGUGACGGAUGCCGUCGAUCUGGGCGAAUGGAUCGAGCGACGCAAUCUGGAGGCCUUGGCCAAGCUGAAGGCCGAUGCCCAGCGGCAGGCGAAGCGGGCCAGCGGACGUCAGCGGCACGAGGAUGAUGACAUGGAGGAUAUGGAGGACAUGGACAUGGAUAUGGAUGAGUCGUCGCAACUGUCCGAGCUGGAGACCAAGCCACUGAUCACCUUCGCCGAGGCCUCUGUGCCGGCGGAAUUCGAGCUGCACAACGUGGAGCCCAAUGUCACCGGUGUGUUUGCCCGCACCGAGGUGAGAGCCUUCACCAAACUGGGCCCACUUAUCGGGCAGCCGGUGCAGACUGGCGAGGUGCGCGAGGGCAGCGACAUGAAGUGGAUCUUUGAGAUGUGCGAGGCCGGGGCGGACAAGUCAUAUCUGCUGUGCUGCGACAAUCCCAAUGCCUCCAAUUGGCUGAGAUUCGUGCGUCCGGCGCCGAGCUACGAGGAUCGCAAUGUCAACCUGGUGUCCAUCGAUCGGCAGGCGUACUUCGUCAGCUGCCGCGACCUGCGGAAUGGAAUGGAGCUGCUCUACUGGAGCGACGAUUGCAACACCAUGUGGCGCAAAAAGCACACGGAGAAGACGAACUGCGGCGGCUGCAACCUGAAGUUCGAGCACCCCCUGUACUACCGCACCCACUGCUCCGUCUUCCACGAUCCCUCGAUGAGCCUGACCAUCCGCAAGUACCACUGCAAGGUGUGCGGUGAGCCCGUGCUGGGCAAGGACAACAUCAUGAAGCAUGCGGCGGAGAAGCACGAGGGCAAGGGGGCGUACCAGUGCCAAUUCUGCAGCAAGUUCUUCCUGCGGCUCAACUACCUGGAGAUGCACCGGACCUACGGAUGCGCCUCGAAUCCGAAUCGAUCGCGACCCGUCUGCGACUUCUGUGGCCGGAAGUUCUGCCAGCCGCAGAAGCUGAAGGCGCACAUCAAGCGCAUGCACAGCGAUAUGGCUGAAGUUUUACGAGAUUUUCAGUGUAAAUUAUGUUCAAAACUUCUAGGAUCGCGAGCGGCAUUGCAGCGCCACUCGAAGGAGGUGCACAGCCGCAACUCGACGGUGGUGAGCUGUCCGCGGUGCCAGAAACUCUUCCAGAAUCGCAGCAAUCUCAAGAUUCACAUGCUGACCCACUCGGGUGUCAGGCCAUUCAAAUGCGCCGAACCGGAGUGCAAUGCGGCGUUCACCACCAAGCAGUGCCUGCAGUUCCAUUACAAGAAGGUGCACAACUACACCCAGGAGCAGAUGCCCAAGAUCGAGAGGAGUGUGGCCUAUACGUUCGAUGCCUAUUCGGGUGGCAUGAAGGUGGACUUUCUGGAGCAAGCACCGAGGAGGCGGCGCAAGAGCCUCGAGGACCAGAGCUCCAUGCUCAGCGGUUCGCUGCAGAGCGAUGCGGAGUUCAGCGAUGACAACCUGUUCGAGGCGAUCAAGAAGAGUGGCAAAUCGAUCAAGGACCUGUGUCGCAAUGAGCCGAAUCUCUCGCUGCUCAGCUCCAAGAUCUCCAGCAUUUUCGGUGACAAGGUGCCAUCGGCGGCGGCCUCGUUGUCCGCUUCCGUUUCCGGUGCCACCUCCUCGGGCGGUCGCAAGCGGAAGCGCAAGAAGGAGCUUAGUGCGUCGGCCCAGCAGCAGCAACAUCAUCAUCAUCAUAGCCAUCAGCAGCAGCAGCAACAUCAGCAGCAACAGCAACAGCAACAGCAGCAGCAGCAACAACAGCAGCAGCACCAUCAACAACAUGCCCAGCAACUGCAACACCAACAGCUGCAACAGCAGCAUGUACAGCAGCAGCAACAUCAGCAGCAGCAACAUCACCACCACCAGCAACACCAGCAGCUGCAUCAUGAUCCCCAGCAGCAGCAUCCGCAGUAUCAUCCCCAUCAGCUGCACGCCCACUCCUUGCCCCACCAGCAGCAGCAGCAACAGCAGCAGCAACAGCAACAACAGCAGCAGCAACAACAGCAGCAACUGCACGGCGAUCCCGAUGAGGAGGAGGUGGAGAACGCCCGGUUGGAGCAGGUGCGUCGCAAGCAGAACGCCCAGCUCAGUCUGGUGGAGUCCUUCCUGACCACCACCGCCCAGCGGCUGAGUGCCCAGCAGCAGGUGCAACAAGUGGUGGCGGCGGCGGCAGCGGUCUCGGCCAUGGCCGGAGCUGGCGAGGAUCCAGCCAAGCUGGGCCACAUGAUGGGUCACAUGGGCGUGGGUGUGGGCGUGGGCAUGGACGAGGAGGAGGACGAUGACGAGGACGACGAGGAUGGCGGCGGCGGUGGCGGUGGUGGUGGCGGUGGCUCUUCGGUCCAUCCGCAUGUCCAUGCCCACCAGGCGGCCCACCACUCCCAUGUCCAUGCGCACGCCCACCCGCACCACGCCCACUCCCAUUCGCACGCCCACCCGCACCAGCAUCCCGCCGCCCAGGGGGCGGGGCAGCAGGACUACCGCCAUGCGGCCGCCAUGAAUGCGGCUCUCGGCCAGAAUCUGGUGGUCAGCAAGGGCAGCAAGAAAUGGAUCCAGGAGGUGCAGGACUCCAGCGAGGUCGGCGGCGAGGUAGCGGGCGGUGGUGGUAGUGGUGGACCCGGUGACAGCGGCGCCUGCAGUCAACUGGUGCCCGGUGGUUCCGGUCCAGGCUCGGAUCUGGGAUUCGCUGUGCCGCCCAGUGCCGUGGAUGAGCACAGCAAGCUGCUCGGCCAGAAUCGUGACUUCCUGGCCCGCCUGAUGAGCAGCGCAAGCGCUAGCCACGCCCAUGCCCAUGCCCACGCCCAUGCCCACGCUCACGCCCAUGCCCAUGCGCACGCCCACCAAACGCAUCAGCCGCUCCAGCAGCACCAGCACAGCGCCCACAGUCGCGAGGAGGACGAGAACAGCUCCUUCCUGGACGUCGUCGAGUCGAACAACAAUGCUGCCGCCGCCGCCGCUGCCGCCGCCGCAGCUGCAGCGGCCAUGUCGCAUUAUGGUGGCGGUACGGGCGGCGGCGGCGGCGGCGGAGGUGGUGGCGGUAGUGGGGGCAGCGGUGGCGGCGGAAGUGGUGGUCAAACGCCCACGGGUCCUGCGACGGGCGGCACAGUCUCCGGCGCCGAUGAGCCCCAGAUGCAGAUGAACUCCCUCGCCCACUCGCAGUCCUUCAUGAGCUCCUUCUACAACAACGCCAACGCCCGUGUGGGCGGAGUGGGCGGCGUGGGCGUGGGCGGCGGCUCCUCAUCGGCCAGCAUGCUCGUGGAGGCGGCCCUCAAUUCCGUGGGCAAUAUGAUCGAUAGCGAGAGCAGCGACCUCAAGGUUCCCACCGACAACCACAUAAACAGCGACAGUCCGAUGAGCGCCCACGUGGAUCCCGAGUCGCAGCGCUUUGGAGCGGGCAGUGCCGGUGGAGCGGGAGCGGGAGGAGGAGGCGGUGGUGGAGGAGGAGGAGGUGGAUCCAGCGGAGGAUCCUCGGGCGGGGCGAACGGAACAGGAAUCGGCGGGGCCAUGGACAACCUGGAGAACGAGCUGAAGAUGAUGAAGAAUCUGGGCAGCUUCCCAAUGCAGAUUCCACCGCUGCCCAUGUUCCAGGGUGCCUGCAAUAUAUCGCCCAGCGCCUCGACGCCAACGAAUCCGCAGAGCAAUCAGAACCAGAACGACGUGGAUGUGGAUGCGGGCAGCACGCCCCGUCAACAGCAUCCGGACUCCGAUGGCUUCUCCUCGUCGCACCACCGAACUCCGCCAUCGCCGCCGCCCAUUUCGCCGGGACGCGAUUACGGCGGCAUGUUUGGAGCGGGCAAUGGAGGAGGCGGUGGCCCCGGAUCGAAUAGCACACCGGCGGGCAGUUCCAGCGGCGGCGGCGGUGGAGGCGGUGGCCCUGGUGGGGGUGGUGCCAACAGCAUGUCCGCCUCGUCACCCCUGCCCGCCCUCCAGCCGCAGAGGAGGAACGCGUCCAGCGUGGGCAGCACCUAUCCGGAGCAUGAGCUCAUCUCGCCCGCCUCCUCGCCGAGCAUUCCGCGCUACAACUUCAACGGCGACAUGAUGCGCCACAAGCGGGCCGCCCAGGAGCAGGAGCACCAGGAGCGCCAGCGGCAGAACAUCUCGCGCCACAACCAGAUGUCCAGCGACGAGGAGAACAGCAUCAUGCCCCAGAACAGCGCCGGCCAGGACAUGCGCAUGAAGUUCCCGCAGUCGCAGAUCGACCUGAUGUACUCCAAGUACGAGAGCAUGGCCAGCAACCUGAAGUACAACAGCCAGGAGCUGGACUCGCCGGCGGAGUACCGCCAGGCGGGCGGCGGCAACGGCGGCAAUGCGGCGGUCAGCGCGGCAGCAGCAGCGGCAGCGGCGGCCAGUGAUUUGUCCGACCUGCAGGGCCUGGACAUGAGCUCCAGAUCGAAUGCGGCGAGCAGUAACUAUCAUCACAACUUCCAGUUGCCGAGUAGUCGGUAUCAUCAUCACAUCUACGACAUUCUCUCCGAUCGCGAGCAACAGAGCCAACAGGCCCAGCAGGCGGGUGGCUCCGUGGUUGGUGGUGGUGGCGGCGGUGGUGGAGGUGGCGGAGGAGGUGGUGGCGGUGGUGGUGGUCCCGGAGGAGCCGCCUCGGUGGUCCACCAGCAGGAGCACGGCCAUGGGCAGCACCAUGCGAUGCAGCAGCACCAGCAGUCGGCGGCCGCCAUGCACAACAUGCUCAGCGAACAGCUGGGCGAGCAGGAGCACGACCAGACCACCUCGGUAGAUCUCAGCCGGACGGCCAACUAUGUGGUUUCAUCGCCGCCCCAGCUGCCCUACAACCAUCCCACGCACCACGACAUGCUGCGCAUGGCCUCGCUGGAUCUCACACCCAAUACGGCCAACAUGGCGGUGGGCAACAAUCGAUCCUUCCUCUCCUCCCAGAUGCAGCAUCAGAGUCGCGAGAGCCUGGAGCAUCAUCGCCUUCUGUCCACGGUGGAGCAGCAUCGCAUUUUGGCCGCCUCGAAUGCAGCGGAUCAGCACCGACUCCUGGUCGAUCCCACCGCCCAUCUGCUGAUGGAGCAAAACAAUCGGCUGCUGGGCACGGCGGAUCAGUCACGUCUAUUGGGCGAAUCGGCGGCGGCAGCUGCCCAAAAUCGCCACAUGGCCAGGAGCUUUGGGGCCUAUCACCAGGUGGCCUCCAGCAAUUACCAUCCAGGCGUGAGGCCACCGCCCGUCCUGCCCUCCGCCAACCACCAUGCCUCCAAUCCGUCGAACUACCAUCCCUUCCCAGCCUACUACUAAUGGGCAUCUGGCGGAGGGAUGGGAUUCCGAGUCGGAGUCGGAGUCAGCCGGGAUAAAGUGCACUUUGUGGGUUCCAACUGGAGGACAUCCGGAAUCGAGUAGCCUAAUUUAAUUUAAAGUUUAGUUUCCUUGAGAGUCCCCCCCAUUCAGUUGAUGCAGAUUCCAAAGAAUUUACAUUUUAUAAUAUAAAAUUCCAUUUGAUUUGAUAAAAUAUAAAAGGGUUUGUUAAAUACAAUUUUUUUUACAAAUAAAACUUAAAAACUAAGAGGUGACUGAACCAUUCUUAGGUUUUCAAUGCAAAUUUAAAUAUAAUCUUUGAGAUUUCGAUUUUUUGAAAGUUUUCAAUUUUAAAAACCGUUAGAAAAAGUGACACUGGACCAUUCUUAGAUUUUCAAUGCGUAUUUAAAAAUACUCGUAGUUUAUAUUUCUCAAUUUAUUACCAAAACCUUAAAAUUGUAUAAAAGUUUUCUAAAUUUUCAAAUAUUUUAAUACUCAAAAACAUUUGGAAAAGUGACACAGAAACAUUCUAAGAUUUCCAAUGCAAAUUUUAUAGCAAUCCUUGUUGAUAUUUCUCAAUUUGAAACCACAACUUUGAAACUUGUAAAAGAAUUUUUAAAUAUUUUUAAAUAUUCUAAAAAAUUUAAGAACUUCUAAGAACGUACAACAAACAACGAUUCCUUGGAAAACUGUACUCCAACUUAUGUUUAAAAUUCCCAAAAAGUCAAAAAAGUUUUUGCAUUUCACACAACUUACUAAAUCCUCUGGAACUAAAUUAAAAUUUAAAAUUUUUAUUUCGAAAUGUGUGCCAAUACGCCUAAGUGUAAAUUUUGAUUUGCUUCUCUGACAUUCGACGGCUGGCAAGUCGAUUUGUAUUUGUACACAAUAAUAUUAAAUAUGUAUAGUUGUAUAGGAAGCAUAAUUAUAAUAAAUAUAUAUAUAUAUAUAUAUAUAAAUAUAUAUAUGAGAAACCCAGAAAUGAAUGCGACAGAAAACAUAGAAAACCAUAAAAACAUAAGCCUGAUGCGAACAAUUUUUUAAACGCAAAUUCGCCGCUGAGUUUGGAUAGAAAAUGGUAAAUGAUAUAGGAAACGAUGUUGAUAAUAAUAUUUUUACACCAAGUGAAAAUAAAUGCAUAUAAACGAGUACAAAGUGUUAGAAGCGGACGGAAGCUCCAAAAUCCCCAAGUUCGGCUUUCCUAUAAAACCAGAUCCCCAUCUUCUACAUCUUCUUCGGCUAUCCCCCCAUCCCACAUCCAAAACUGCGUAUGCAAACUCAGCGAUCCAAAAAAAAACAAGAAAGGCACAACAAGAUGCACACUAUAUAUGUAAAGCAGAUAUACAUAGAUAUAAAACGCGACCGAUCAGGAACUUAGCUCAAGCAUCUUAACACUUAACGGAACGAGUCCGAAACUUCGAAGUCUUUUUUUUGUACUAUUUAAUUAUAAAUAAUACGUAUCCAGUAUGGUAUAGGGGCUAUAUAUCGAUAUAAACUACCCAUAACUGUACUAAAUGGUAUUUGUAUAACUAAGUUAUGAUUUAAUGUAAAUUAUUAAAUUUAUAUAAGAGUGCAGAAGGCGAUAAAGGAGAGGAAAUACCGCAUAAUGAAACGAGAUAAACACCACAUACCAAAAAAAAAAAAAAAAAAUAAGAUGAAAAAAAAACAAACAAAACCCAUGAUAAUAAAUAUAAACACACACACACACCCCAAAA